AUAAAAACCGGAGAAUGACAGCAUGUGUUGAGUGUUUUUGCUCGUCUUCGUUGUGUUUUUGAUCAGCCUUUGUAAUUUUAUAAUUUUCUGAAACUUUCUUUGAUUUUUACAUAUUAAAAUGGAUGACGAUGCCGAAUGCUACAAAUUGUGGAGGAUUAGACGUACUAUUAUGCAGUUGUGCCAUGAUCGAGGUUAUUUAGUUACCCAAGAAGAGUUGGAUCAAACUCUCGAAGAAUUUAAAGCACAGUAUGGUGAUAAACCUAGUGAGAGGAAGCCUGCUAGAAGUGACCUCAUUGUUCUUGUUGCACAUAAUGAUGAUCCCACUGAUCAAAUGUUUGUGUUUUUCCCUGAUGAAGCCAAAAUUGGCAUCAAAACUAUCAAGACAUAUUGUCAAAGAAUGCAGGAAGAAAAUAUAUCUAGAGCAAUUAUAGUUGUGCAGCAUGGCAUGACACCUUCUGCUAAGCAGGCUUUAGUUGAUAUGGCACCAAAAUAUAUUCUUGAGUAUUUUCUUGAAUCAGAAUUACUUAUCAACAUAACUGAACACGAGUUGGUUCCGGAACAUGUAGUAAUGACACCUGAGGAAAAAACUGAACUCUUAAAUAGAUAUAAGCUGAAAGAAAAUCAGUUGAUGAGAAUUCAAGCUGGUGAUCCUGUUGCCCGAUAUUAUGGUCUUAAAAGGGGUCAAGUAGUCAAGAUUAUCAGAAACAGUGAAACAGCUGGUCGUUAUAUAUCUUACCGGCUCGUUGUAUGAAUAUAACUGAAGCAAUCAUUUUUUUUAUAUAUAUAAAUAAAACAUGUAAAUAUCUUCUUUUACAUUCUGUAUUUCAUUUUUUGGAAAAUAAAGACUGCAAGUGGGCAUGUCAUUUCAUUUCAUGACUUAACUGCAUUUCUGUAUUUGAAUUACUCUGGUGCAAAUAUAUUAUGUAAUAAAAAAUAAUAACCACA